AUGCGGCUCCCACUGGAGAUACUUGUCUUAAUCCUACGAGAGGCAGUCGAGAUCAUAUCACUCAAGGACUUGAUAAAAGCACGACUUGUGAGCCGUCUAACUAAAGAGUCAGGAUUCUUCGCCGAUGAGAUUCUCCUCCUCCUGACGAAAGAUAUUACCCGCCUGGAAAAUGAAAUCUUAGGCUUCAAAUGCGCUUCAUAUAGGAGGGCGGUGGGACACGAUUCAAAAUGGUGGGAGCAGCUCCCUCUUGACUUCAAACGAAACUAUCUACACCAAAAAUUGCAACUUCAUACAGAAAGUCCAUGCGAGUUCUCUUACCACAUUCAUGAAAUACUGGAUGUCCCACAUGAAAGAACCACAUCGGAGGAAACAGAAAUAAUCGUGGACAAAGUGAUUGACGCAUUUCUUUGCGCCACUAUUUCCGACGUGAGGGAACUCUUCGAUCCCAAACGACUUUAUCCAGAUAAGAUCAGGUAUUACACGCAAACAAGCUGGAGUACAAUGCCGUGUACAUGGGAACCCGCGGAGAAAACACUUAAAAUGGCCCUCGCCACCAGCGCGAUAAUUCGAGGUGAUGCUAGCGAGCUAGAACUUGUUCAUGCACAGGGCGACCUUGAGCUGAAUACAUAUAGCACCCGGCUCUGCUUUCAUCCGGUGGGAGCUGCAGCUCGAAGAGGCAACGAGCAUAUCAUCAAAGUACUCACAGAUAACUCCUGGGGCUUGAAUAAAGAGCAUAUCAUUAAUGCCAGUCGAAAUUCCUCGUCUGCCAAUGCAGCUUCAAUAGCUGCGCGACAUGGAAAUUUGGAGCCAAUGAAGUAUUGGCUCAAGCCCGAGAACAUGGAAGACUAUCAAAUGCCAGAAUACGUCCAUUUGUUUCUGAAGCGUGCGAUCCGGGGCGCCAUCGAAGCUGGUAACAUAGGCUACGUUAUCUAUUUACUGGGUGUGAGGGAUAGUGUACAAGUCGAAAGCCCAGGACCGCUGUUCGACUUCUUCAUUGAUGCCAUAAAAGCCGGUCACCCGACGAUUGUCAAAUACUUCCUCGAUUUGAAGUGCUUUGACAUCAACACUCAUACCAGCUACUGCCGAAAAGGCUCAUUGCUUACAGCUUUGCAAGAUACGCGACCAGAUAAAAGAUUGCCGGUUCUGAAUCUUCUUCUUGAAUAUGAUGCCCAUCCAGAUGGGAUACCUGAAAGUUUCUUAAUAUCUCGAACACCCUUUCAAGCAGCUAUAAAGUGUGGAGAUACCGAAUCGGCGGCCCUCCUAGUCAAGUUCGGGGCGGAUAUACACGCAACAACUAUCUCUUCGCCACGAGGGAAAUCCAAGCCUUUGUUACUACAAGCUAUCCAACAAAAGUCUGCUCACAUGAUUGAGUUCUUACUGGCCCAGGGAAUUGCAAGAGAAUGUGACUGGAAAAAGAAAAGAUACAUCGUACAUAAUCGGGCGCAGCAGAAAGAACUGAGAAAUGUAUUGCUGCGUCUGGGAGGCACUAAUGACCUGGAGGAUGCUGAAAGUCAUAUACGCUACUGUGUAACAGUCGAGCGAAUCCGCCGUAUCCCAGACUCUAAGUAA